AUGCCACCAAACUCCUCGAAAAUCACACCAACUGAGGUGGAAACGGGAAUUAAGCCAAGAUCAGUUCAAUCUCGUCGCUCUUCACUAGCUGACGAGAUCCCACCGUCAACGCGAAAAAAAUCGAUUGCUGAUGAUUUUGGGAGAAAUAUCCGACCGCCAAUGAAUCAGGUAGAAUUCGAUGAGAAAUUCUCUUAUCAAAAACCCGAACAAGAGGAUCCAUUUGUGCAUCAUGCGAAGAAAUACUUUCAACGAUACACUCAUCCAUUUACUUCAUUCUCGGCUUUCAAAUACAAUCUGCUGUCCUUCUUGCCAAUCACAAAUUGGUUGCCGACUUACAAUUGCAAAGAGAACCUUGUGAAUGAUGUGAUUGGAGGAUUAACUGUUGGAAUUAUGCAUGUACCACAAGGCAUCGCUUACGCCGUCCUCGCCAAAGUUCCCCCAGUCAAUGGCCUCUACACUUCCCUCUUCCCCACACUUUUAUACAUGAUCUUCGGAAUGUCAAGGCACAAUUCAAUAGGCUCUUUUGCUGUUGUUUCUUUGAUGACUGGAAUGGCUGUUGAUAGAAUAACACAUGUGACCGAAAUCCAAGAUGGAUUUCUUAAUUUAAACGAGACGAUUAAUUUGCAAGGGUACACUCCAUCUGAAGUCGCUGCCUCAAUAACUUUAUCUGUUGGACUAAUGCAAUUCCUUAUGGGCUUCUUGGGACUCGAUUUCAUAAUUACUUAUUUUUCAGAUCAAGUAGUAGCUGGGUUUACAACAGGUGCUUCAUGUCAUGUUCUUGUUUCUCAAAUCAAAGAUUUACUUGGAAUUCGAAAACUGAGAAAUAGACAAGGACCUGGAUACAUUGUGAUGAGACUCUACGAUCUUUUCAUUGAUCGUUUUUCUGAUAUUAAUUUAUUUUCUAUUUCUAUUUCUUUAAUUAUGAUGACGAUACUUAUUGUCGGAAAAGAAUUUGUCAAUCCUAAGCUGAACAAGCGCUUCAACAUCAAUAUUCCGAUACCGUUUGAGUUGUUUGUGCUUGUCGGCGGCACACUAACCUCCUACUUGAUGGAUUUCAAUGGUUCUCACAAUAUGAAGAUUGCAAGCAAGAUACCGACAGGUCUCCCGAAUGCUUCAUUCCCAGAUUUUCGUCUUAUUCCCUAUGUAAUCCCUGAAGCGUUCUCAAUAGCCAUCGUCUCGAUGGCCGUUCAUAUAUCACUCGCAAAAAUGUUUGCAAAAAAGCAGGAGUAUGAGGUUUUGGCUGGGCAGGAACUCUACGCUAUCGGUCUCACCUCAAUCGGCUCCUCGGCUUUCCCUUGUUACCCAGUGGCUUGUUCACUAGGACGGACACUAGUCAAUGUGGCUGCUGGAACGAAAACCCAACUCUCCUCAAUUUUCUCUUCUCUCUUGGUGCUCUCCGUGAUGCUCUACUUUGCACGAUUUCUGGAAACUUUACCGAUGUGUGCUUUAUCAGCGAUUGUUGUUGUGGCUUUAAAAGGAAUUCUUGACAAAUUCGCCGACUUGCGACUUCUGUGGCCGCUUUCGAAAAUCGAUUUUAGUAUUUGGGUGAUUUCCUUUAUGGCGACAACUUUCAUCGAUGUGACUGAGGGAUUAAUCAUCGCUAUUGGAUAUGCACUCUUCACAACAAUCAUGCGAGAACAGUGGCCUCGCUGGCAUCUACUCGGUAACGUUGAGGGAACAGCUGACUUCCGAGAUUCUGAGCGAUAUGAGAAUGUUUACUUUUUCAACGGAAUUUGCAUUUUCCGUUUCGAUUCUCCGCUUUUAUUCACGAACGUCGAGAAUUUCAAAGCGAGUGUGCAAAAGGCAUUUAGUGCCUGGCAGGAAUCGCAUGAGUACUACAUUUUGAAACACGAGAGAGCAAAUAUGUUGAUGAGUCUUGGAGAUCCGGAUCGG